UGAACUGUUUAUGUUGCGAAAUAAAAUUGGCAGAUAGAAAUUGGACGGUGAUUAAACAGCACUAUUCUAGACUCUACUAUGUGACUCAGCAAAAACCGAUUAACGUCAUUUAACUGCAAGUUAAAAGAUUUCGCAAAUCAUGAAGAAAGAAGGUAGGCGAAAAGAAACCCACAAAAGAACCGAAGACGCUGCCAUGAAGCGAGAUCUUGAUGAUGGAAAUGAGAGCAGUGGCAGUGAACUAGGAAGAAUGCCAAUAAGUGAUGAUGAGCUUGUUAGUUUAUCCGUUAGAGAGCUAAACCGACACCUUAAAAUGUCUGGUUUGAAUCGAUCAGAAAUUGUAAAAAUGAAACAACGUCGGAGAACGCUAAAAAACCGAGGUUAUGCAGCUAGUUGUCGAAAUAAACGGAUGGAACAGAAAGAUGAAUUGGAGCAUGACAAAACUGUAACUGUAACAGAAAUCAACAAACUCCGAGAAGAAAAUCGUAAAAUUCAAGAAGAAAUUAACAACAUUCGUGAGAAGUAUCUAGCCCUCAAGCAGUAUGCUCAGCAGCAGAACAUACCAAUACCAAAAGAACUAGAAUUCAGUUUUGAAACUAAGAUUUAGUAUAUGUGAAGUAUGUAUCAGCAUAUUACCUCCAUGAUAAAUUUAUCUCAUGCAAGUUGUUAGUGUCUGUUCCAAAUAACUUAUGUAGCUUAUGUCACACAUUAAUGUGUGUUAGAUACUAUAGGUUUAACGGUUUUUUCUUUUCACUUUGGAAGUUGAUUAUAAAAUAUUUUAGUUUUCAAGAUGCAACAUUUUGUGUUAAUUGAUGUAAAUUAACACACUUAAUUUUCUUUUUUACAAGAAACUUGAUUUUCCAAAUAUCUCAAUUAAAGUUUGCAUUCCAAACUGUAUAAUUUAAUUCAUUGUAAGGGAAUUGUAAUAAUAUAAACCAUAUUAUUUUGUUUGAUGUGGUCCAGAGAAAGUUUUUAAUGUUUUUUUUAAAUGCAGAAGUAUUCCUAACUCCUGUUAAACAUUAAGAACUUGGUGAUGAAUAAUCUGUAGAUGAAGCAUAGUUAUUCAUUACAUAAAAAUAAAUUUAAGAUAUUUUCUCAAAAUUUAUUUAGGAACUCAAAGGUCUGCCAUAUGUGACAUCAUCUCUGAGAAUGUUUCUUAUAUAGAAAAUCAUCAAAUGUUCUAUAAUUCUCUGAAAAACUAGUAUUCUAAUUUUCUACAAGGUAUAGGCAAUGCAGUAUUUUUUCAUUAUAAUUAAAAUGUAAAUACUUUAGUUUUCAUUUAAACUCCAUAUUAAGAAAAUUACUUUCUAUAUAUUCAUUUGUAGUUUGGAAAUUUGGUUAUGCUAAAUAUUUUUAUAAAUGAUGUGAAAUUCUUAAUUUUAAACUGUUUAAAGAUGUGAUCAAUUUGUUGU